AGAAAAAAGAAAAAGAAGAAGAAGAAGAAUCUGGUCUGUUUCAAUUCAACUUCUUCAUGAAUUUUUCCAUUUGGAAUUGCCGCUCGGACGCAUCAAUGGUAGCUUAGGUUUUAGAUUGCUACUCUUCUGUUCUUGUCUCGAUCUCUUGUAAUUUUGAAUUUAGUGCUUCUUGAACAUGGCUGCUCCGUUCUUCUCAACGCCAAUUCAGCCUUAUGUUUACCAGAGCCCACAAGAUGCAAUGAUACCUUUUCAGAUUUUGGGUGGUGAAGCCCAAGUACUACAGAUUAUGCUAAAACCACAAGAGAAGGUUAUUGCAAGGCCUGGCUCAAUGUGCUUCAUGUCUGGGUCUAUUGAAAUGGAAAAUGUUUUUCUCCCCGAAAAUGAAGUGGGUGUUUGGCAUUGGCUAUUUGGCAAGAGUGUCACUAGCAUCGUUCUUCAGAAUUCUGGUACAAGUGAUGGAUAUGUUGGAAUUGCUGCACCUUCUCUUGCCAGGAUUCUUCCGAUUGAUAUGGCGAUGUUUGGAGGAGAGCUUCUAUGCCAGCCAGAUGCAUUCCUUUGCUCUGUUAAUGAUGUGAAGGUUAACAACACAAUUGAUCAUAGAGUACGCAAUGUUGUCCCAGGUGUGGAGGGGUUUCUUAGACAGAAGUUAUCAGGCCAAGGGCUUGCCUUUAUCCUUGGGGGUGGAUCUGUUGUACAGAAAAAUCUCGAGGUUGGUGAAGUUAUAGCAGUGGAUAUCUCCUGCAUUGUGGCUAUGACCACCUCAAUUGAUGUCCAAAUCAAAUACAAUGGUCCUGUGAGAAGAGCAGUAUUUGGAGGUGAAAACUUAGUGACAGCCACAUUAACAGGACCAGGGAUGGUGUUCAUACAGAGUUUGCCAUUUCAACGACUUUCACAACGCAUCGCGAGGGCUGUUACAUCCCCAAACAUGAGGGAAAAUCCAAAGUUUUUCGUUCAGCUUGCACUUUUCUUUUUUCUGGCGUAUGUUGUGAUUGUAUCUUCAAUAAUCUUGACAGAUGUAUGAUUCUAUUUCUAGAUCUUCCCUUUUAAAUCUCUCCCAGGGUGAUUAGUUAGGCUGAAAUUGGGAUUAACUAAUACAAAGGUUUAGUUCUAAGUUGGAAAACUUUUUUUUGGGCGUUAAUUAUUGGAUUCUAUUAUAUAUAUAUAUUGAAGUUGUGCAGAUAUUUUGAGCCGAGUAAAUGAUAUCUUCCCACCUUGAGUUUUGUAA